GGGGGAAGAGGAGGAGGAGGAGGAGGAGAGAGCCUCCGCCAGGAAGAGGAGAAAAGCUGCCUCCCUCCUUGCCUCCGACCGGCCGUCAGUCCCUCCGUCCGCCAGUCGGUCUGCCAGAGCAGAGCGGAGCGUGCUGCUCGCAGACUCUCAUGAGCAGCCCGGGGGGCAGCCGUUUCCCUCUAGCCCGCCCGCCAGCUGCCCACCCCAGCCUUCCAAGAUGAUGAAGAGGCAGCUUAAUCGGAUGCGGCUGCAGCUGUCCCAGACCGGGGGCUCGGGGCGUGCCCAAGAAACUGCUGAAUUUCUGAGCGAGGACCUGCUUCAGGUAGAACAGAGGCUAGAGCCAGCCAAGCGGGCUGCUCACAAUGUCCAUAAGAGGCUGCAGGCCUGCUUACAGGGCCAGAGCGGGGCAGACAUGGAGAAGCGUGUCAAGAAACUGCCACUCAUGGCUCUGUCCCACACAAUGGCCGAGAGCAUCAAAGAGUUGGAUCCAGAUUCUAGUAUGGGGAAGGCUUUAGAGAUUAGCUGUUCCAUCCAGAGUCAGCUAGCUCGGGUCUUGGCAGAGUUUGAGAUGGCCCUGGAGAGAGAUGUCCUACAGCCCCUCAACAGGCUGAGUGAGGAGGAGCUUCCAUCCAUUCUCAAGCAUAAAAAAAACCUCCAGAAAUUGGUGUUAGACUGGAAUGCCCUGAAGAGCAGGCUCAGUCAGAUGGCCAAAAAUUCAAGCCUCGGACCUGGUGUGGGGGGCCCUGGGGGUCACAACACCACAACCAAUAAGCUGGAGACCCUGAAGGAAGAGGAAGAAGAACUGAAGAGGAAGGUGGAGCAAUCCAAGGAUGAGUAUCUGUCAGAUCUGUACCACUUUGCUACGAAGGAAGACAGCUAUGCAAACUACUUCAUCAGUCUUCUGGAGCUGCAGGCUAGUUACCACCGCAAAUCCUUGAGCUCACUGGACACAGCCCUGGCUGAGCUGAAGGAGACCCACGGCCACACAGACAGCGGCACCCGAGUGUCAGAUGUCCCCUCCACCAAAGUGUACGGGGUGGCCUUAAGGACGCAUCUGCAGGAGACAGGCCGGGACGUUGCUUUGCCGCUGGAGGCCUGUGUGUUGAUGCUUCUGUCUGAAGGCAUGAAGGAAGAGGGUCUCUUCCGCCUGGCAGCUGGGGCCUCUGUGCUCAAGAGGCUGAAGCAGACUAUGACCCUCGAUCCCAGCAGCCUGGAGGAAUUCUGCUCCGACCCUCAUGCUGUUGCUGGGGCCCUCAAGUCCUACCUCCGGGAGCUUCCUGAACCCCUCAUGACAUCUGAGCUCUAUGAGGACUGGUUGACAGCUGCCAAUCUGAAGGAACCAGUGGCCCGGCUGGAGGGCCUCCAAGAAGUAUGUGGGAAGCUGCCCCAGGAAAAUCUCUGCAACCUGAGGUACUUGAUCAAGUUCCUAGCCAGGCUGGCCAAGGAGCAGGAGGUGAACAAGAUGACCCCAAGCAACAUCGCCAUCGUCCUAGGGCCAAACCUGCUAUGGCCGCCCACGAGGGAUGGGGACCAGGCUCAGCUGGACACAGCCUCCGUAUCUUCUAUCCAGGUGGUGGGUGUGGUGGAGGCAUUGAUCCAGAAUUCAGACACCCUCUUCCCAGGAGAUAUCGAUUUCAGUGUCUCCGGCUUAUUUGCUUCUCCCACUGUCCUGUAUCAACCCCACUCCCAGGAAAAGUUUAUUGAUGGUCCCAAGUCAGAAGAAUUCCCAGCCACCAUCACACCCCCUCCAGUGGCUAAGGAAGGUAAGGAAGACUUGGAACCUCCACCAAGGCCCACCUCCCCAAAGAUCAGCCGGAACCCCACAGAAGUGCCUGGACCAGCUGAGGAAACAGCCCGCAAGACCAAACGCCCAGCCCCUGCCCGGCCCAUGGUGCCUCCACCCCAGGUCCUGAAUCCCCGAUCUUCACCCCCAACCAUUCCCACUACGGUCCCAACCCCAACGCAGCCUCAGCCGCAGCCACAGUCCCAGCCUCAGCCUCAGCCCCAGCCCCAGCCCCCUACCCCAGGGAGUCCUGCUACUCCCAGGGCCCUCCCCCGACGUCAGGCAGGCAGCAACAUUAAGGCCCCCUCUGUGCCACCUCCAUUGCCUCCUCAACCUCCCCAGCCUGUGCGCCGGCUAAGCCGACCCUCCCCUGCUUCCCCCAACCCCAGUGCUGAGCCUGAGGUCCCUGGGGAGCCCAGAGGCCCUGAGGGGGAGAGCUGUGCAGCUGGGGUCAUCAUUCCUCCCCAGCCCCGGCCUAGGACUCUUGCCUCAGAGACCAACUGAGCCAGGGCGGCCUGGCUGCCUCCUCCCACCACAGUGCACUGCUCCUCCCCCUCUCCCCCCCUGCCUCUUCUAUUCUCUGGGGCCCCCUUUCCCUCUGGCCCACCCCUGGCCUCAUCCCAUCUGGGAGCUCCAGUGACUCAGCCCUCAACUGCCUGUGAGACAGGAUGGAAAUCUCUCAGCCACAAGUGCCUCUGGCCCCCAGCCCCAGCUGGGCUGGUCCCUUGCCUUGGGAGCUGAGGAGGAGCCCGGGCCUUCUCUCUCCCUUCUUCUGGCGCCCCUGGUUCUGGGUGUCCAGAGCCUCUCUCUCCAGUGCCUGGCGGGGUCCAGUCACAGAGGGAAAGAGAAGAGGAACAGGGAGGGCCCUUAGUUUCACUUCCCUAGGAGAGCAUCUAUUUUCCUUUACCAGAAAUGUUUUUGUUUUUGUCCUGGUAUAGCUUGUAAAUUAUUUUGGAUUAAAUUAGAUUGCAUUCUGUGUGCGGCCUGGCUUCCCCCUUUGUCCUCCGAAUAAAGGUGAUUAUUGAGAAA